UUUUUUUUUUUUUUUUCACUUUUUAAAAAUAACUUAAAUAUAAACUUUUUUAUUAUUAUUUUAAAAUAAAUAAUAAUGCGUGACAGGGUUGCAAAAGCAGUUGAAACUUAUAUUGAUAACCAUCGGGAUAAAUUAAAAGACCAUGUUGAAAGAAACUUGGAAAAACUUAAAGAAAUAAUAGUAGAAAAACUUCCUGAUAAGAUUAUGGAUUUUAUUAAAAAUAAAGUUGACGAUGGAGAUGAUGAAAAUGAUACAAUUCUUGAAAAUGUACUUAAAGUAGUAACUUCCUUAACUGAUAAAUUAUCGGAUGAUUUUAAGGAAGAUAUUCGUGAAGAUACAAGAAGACAUAUAGAUGAAGUAACAAUUGAUUCACCUGAUAAAAUUACUGAUAUUAUUGUUACUGAAUCAAAAAAAGCUGUAUGGGAUUUCGCUAAUGAUGAUGAUGAUGAUGAUGAUGAUGAUAUUAAAAAUUUUUUCAAAAACUUUGAUUUUGGAUUUUUGAAAGAAGGUAAAGAAGGUAUUAUUAGACAAAUUAUAGAACUUAUUCAACCUCCCGUACAUAAUUCAGGAGAAGAAAUUAAUAAAGAAGUUAGUGAAAAAGUACCUCAACAUGUUAAAGGAAAUAUGAUUGGUACAGUAGGAAAAUCUAUUUUUGAUAAAAAUAAAAAAAAUGAUGAUGUUCAAUCUCGUGGAAUAUUUUCAAAAAGUAGUAAAAGUAGCGAUACUGGUGAAGAAGAAGGUGGAAAGAAACUUUCAAAGAUAUUAAAAAUUUUUGGAGAAGGAAAGGAUGAAGGAAAUUUUAUUGAUAGACUUUUCGCUAAAUUACCAGCUAGAAUUUCGAAAUUUAUUAGACCUUUUAUAGAUCAAUUCGAAGAAUCUUUAUUAAAAAAUAUUGAAGAAGAAUUAAGAAAUAAUAUUUUUAGAGAUGAUAAAUUUAAGAAUGAUGUUAAAGGUUUAUUACUUAAAUUUGGUGGUGACUCUGAUGGGGAUGGUAAAAAUUUCUUUACUGAAGCUGCUGAUGCCGUAAGUUCUCUUUUCAAAAAGAAAUGAAAAUGAGACUUUUUUUUUUUGAGUAUGAAAA